GCAGGCGCACAAAGCCGCGCUGGCAACCUCCGCAGCGGCCGCGCGCACCUUUCACCCCGCUGGCUGCUUUUGUCUCGCGCAACCUUCCUGGGCCCUCCGCGAGAUCGGCCCUUCUUUUCCUCCACACUCCCCACCCGGAGAGCCAGGUGCUGAGAGCCGGGACCCCUCCCCUUCCCCGUAUUCCUUCCCCUGACCCACCUCACCUCCGUCCUCCCUCCCUUUUCGGUUCCCGAAGCCGGAAGGAGCCGAAGUGCUGACGGAAAAAGCCGAAGCUGUCUCCCGUGAGUGAGGCCUUCCCGAAGCGGUGGCGGAAGAAGCCGAAGUUCUCCGGGGAGGGAGGAGAGAGCGAGUGCAAUCUCCGGAAAGAGCCGAAGCUUGGAAUCGAGUUUAAUCUCUGGGAGGGUCCGAGGGCGAGCGCCGGAAACCUUCGGGAAAGUGCCAAAGUCCGGGACGAUUAGGAUUGUCGGAAGUAGCUGAUUGCUUGGGCAGGGCCGAAGGAGAAGAGCAGGGAGAAUCUGCGGAAGCUGCCGAAGACUGGGACGGUUUGAAUUGUUGGAAGAAGCCGAACUCUUGGGGGAGGGCUGAGCGCCAAGGAACGCGAGGACCUACGGAAACACCCGAACGUUGAGGAGCUAAUUUCCGAAAAGUUACGAAAGCCUUCGAAGCCGGCGAAAUCCUCACUUCGGGUGUUUUCGGAAGCAGCCGAAGUUGCCGCUCCCAACUCCUUCCUCUACGGUCCGGAAACAGCCGACGCGUUUCGGAGCCGGCUCUGGGGGGAGGGCGGGCGGGUGGGGAGAGGGGCGGAGCCGGGGCGGGGCGGGCGGGAGGCCCGGGCUUGAUUAGGUAGGAGGCGGCGGAGCGCCGGCGGCGGCCGGAAGUAGCCGAAGCGAGCGGCGGAAGUAGCCGAAGCGGCCGGAGCGGGCGGGCGGCAAGGCGAGGCGAGAGCUGCACAGGGCCCUACGCGGCCGCCUCAGCAUGUCGGACUUCGACGAGUUCGAGCGGCAGCUCAACGAGAAUAAGCAAGAGCGGGACAAGGAGAACCGGCACCGAAAGCGCAGCCACAGCCGCUCUCGAAGCCGAGACCGCAAGCGUCGGAGCCGGAGCCGGGACCGGCGAAACCGGGACCAGAGGAGCGCCUCUCGAGAUAGGCGGCGAAGAAGCAAACCUUUGACCAGAGGCGCUAAAGAGGAGCACGGUGGACUGAUUCGUUCCCCUCGCCAUGAGAAGAAGAAGAAGGUCCGCAAAUACUGGGAUGUGCCACCGCCCGGCUUCGAGCACAUCACGCCCAUGCAGUAUAAGGCCAUGCAAGCUGCGGGUCAGAUUCCAGCCACCGCCCUUCUCCCCACCAUGACCCCUGAUGGUCUGGCUGUGACCCCCACACCGGUACCUGUGGUCGGGAGCCAGAUGACCAGACAGGCCCGGCGCCUCUACGUGGGCAACAUCCCCUUUGGCAUAACUGAGGAGGCCAUGAUGGACUUCUUCAACGCCCAGAUGCGCCUGGGGGGCCUGACUCAGGCCCCUGGCAAUCCCGUCUUGGCUGUGCAGAUUAACCAGGACAAGAACUUUGCCUUCUUGGAGUUCCGCUCAGUGGACGAGACCACCCAGGCCAUGGCCUUUGAUGGCAUCAUCUUCCAGGGCCAGUCGCUGAAGAUCCGCAGGCCUCAUGACUACCAGCCCCUGCCUGGCAUGUCGGAGAACCCCUCCGUCUAUGUGCCCGGAGUCGUGUCCACUGUGGUCCCAGACUCUGCCCACAAGCUGUUCAUCGGGGGCUUACCCAACUACCUAAAUGAUGACCAGGUAAAAGAGCUGCUGACAUCGUUCGGGCCUCUCAAGGCCUUCAACCUGGUCAAGGACAGUGCCACGGGGCUCUCCAAGGGCUACGCCUUCUGUGAGUACGUGGACAUCAACGUCACAGAUCAGGCCAUUGCGGGGCUGAAUGGGAUGCAGCUGGGGGAUAAGAAACUGCUCGUGCAGAGGGCGAGUGUGGGAGCCAAGAAUGCUACGCUGGUGAGCCCCCCGAGCACCAUCAACCAGACCCCUGUGACCCUGCAAGUGCCGGGCCUGAUGAGCUCCCAGGUGCAGAUGGGCGGCCACCCGACCGAGGUCUUGUGCCUCAUGAAUAUGGUGCUGCCUGAGGAGCUGCUGGAUGACGAGGAGUACGAGGAGAUUGUGGAGGACGUGCGUGACGAGUGCAGCAAGUAUGGGCUCGUGAAGUCCAUUGAGAUCCCCCGGCCCGUGGACGGCGUCGAGGUGCCUGGCUGUGGAAAGAUCUUCGUGGAGUUCACCUCUGUGUUUGACUGCCAGAAAGCCAUGCAGGGCCUGACGGGUCGCAAGUUCGCCAACAGAGUGGUUGUCACAAAAUACUGUGACCCCGACUCUUACCACCGCCGGGACUUCUGGUAGAGGCCGUGGGGGAGGGCGGGGGCAGGGCUGGUGAGGGCUUCUCCCCCUCCCGCCCCCCCUCUUUUCCCCCUCUGAAGAUGAUGGGCAGAGGAGUGACAGCCGAAUGACAGCCGGCAGCAACUGGAAUGGCAGCAAUUAAGGGUGGGGGGGUGGGGGUAGGGAUUUGGGGUGGGGAGGGGAUUGGGGAAGUGCGCACACAGGCCCACACAGACACACGCACCCACAGACACAGAGGGAAGGGGUCAGGAUGGGGAGGGGGUGCACAGCAGGGUGGGGUAGGACCCCCAUAGCCCCUCUCCAGAACAGCCUCUUCUCCCUUAUACCCCUUUUUUCUUCCCCUUCCCCACCAUAGAAACAUAGCGUGUUUAUAUUUUAUGGCCAAACUAUUUUGAAUUUUGUUGUCCGGUCCCCGGUGCCCUGCCGUCACCUUUUCCAGGACCACAGCUCCCGUCCUCUUGGUCUCUGGUCCUCUCUCCGGUCCCCUCACUGGUUUCUUAUGUAGUCGAUUCUCUCCCUUAGUCUUCCCGGACCCGCCCCCAGCCCUGUGGCCCCUGUCCCUCUCCUACUCUGUGGCAGUUUCAUAUUUGCUAAGACGAAUUUGCUCAUUAAACAUUUUGUUGUAUUUUACUUUA